AGCAAACCUGCAAGAGAAGUGAAAUAAAAAAGUACGUAAGAACAAAUGUCUGUGGAACAUUGUCUGGUUAUUCAGACAAACAGAUGGUAGAAACACACUAAAUCACACACUAACACAUGUGUUUUGUUAAGUUGUGUCAACUCAUGGAACAGUGUGCCAAAAUGAUUGAGUGUGGCGAGAGAGAGAGGGAGCCGAAGACUCAGUCCCACCAACUUCACUCCUCCUCUGCCAGCACACAUCUGCUGCUGAAGAGAUGGGACGCUGAUCCAGAGACAAGCACUUCAUGCCUUGGAGAUCGGUCUUCACAGCAUGGCUCACUGCAUCACAGGGCUGUGAGUGGAAAGCUGGAAGAAGACCCCCAACUGAGGAGUAUUUAUGAUUACCUUCUCUUCGGCUGAGCUGAUGCUUUCUCUUAAAUUUGGAGUGAUGUCCCAGUGCUGGUGCAGGCGGGUCCUGCUUGGUGUGGAAGUGGGCAUGCUGGUGGCGGUCCUGGUGGCCGGCUGUGCAGGACAGACCCAUGGCAGGAGAGAGGCUGGGUCAUCCUGCUACGGAGGAUUUGACCUCUACUUUGUUUUGGACAAAUCUGGAAGUGUCCAACAUUACUGGAAUGAGAUAUAUUACUUUGUUGAUCACCUGGCUCACAAGUUUAUCAGUCCUCAGCUGCGGAUGUCUUUUAUUGUAUUUUCAACAGAAGGGAGGACUCUCAUGGCAUUGACAGAAGACAGAGAGCAGAUUCGGGCCGGACUGGAGGAGCUACGCAUGGUGCAGCCAGGAGGAGACACCUAUAUGCACAGAGGUUUUCAAAGAGCCAGCGAGCAAAUCUACUAUGGGACUGGAGAUGGCUACCGGACAGCCAGUGUCAUCAUUGCUCUGACGGAUGGUGAACUGAGAGAAAAUCAGUUUGACCUGGCACAAAGAGAGGCCAGCAGAGCGCGCCAGUUGGGUGCCACUGUUUACUGUGUGGGAGUAAAAGAUUUCAAUGAAACUCAGCUUUCAACAAUAGCUGACAGCAAGGACCAUGUCUUCCCCGUGAAUGAUGGAUUUCAAGCGCUACAAGGAGUGAUUGAUUCGAUCCUGAAGAGGUCAUGCAUUGAAAUUCUGGCUGUGGAGCCCUCUAGCAUCUGUGAGGGAGAAUCCUUCCAGGUGGUUGUCAGAGGAAAUGGUUUCCUUCACUCUCGCGAUGUACAGAAAGUGCUUUGCAGCUUCCGCAUCAAUGACACAGUUACUUUGAUGAAAAGACCUUUGGUGGUGAGAGAUACCUACCUUUUGUGCCCAGCCCCUGUUUUGGAAAAAGAAGGAACGGCUGCCACUCUCCACGUCAGCAUGAAUAAUGGCCUGAGUUUCAUAUCGAGCUCCGUCACAAUUACUGCUGUCUCUUGUUCUGAUGGGACCUUUGUGGCCAUAGCUCUGCUCAUCCUGCUGCUCCUGCUCACCAUCGCUCUGCUGUGGUGGUUUUGGCCUCUCUGCUGCACCGUGGUCAUUCAUGAGCCACCUCCUCCAGUAAUAGAUGAUAUCUCUGAUGAUGAGGACGGUUAUCCUAAGAAGAGGUGGCCCACAGUGGAUGCCUCAUACUACGGAGGCCGAGGAGUUGGAGGCAUCAAGAGAAUGGAGGUCCGUUGGGGCGAUAAAGGCUCUACUGAAGAAGGAGCAAAAUUGGAAAAAGCUAAAAACGCCAGAGUCGUGAUGCCUGCAGAGGAGUUUGAUAUGCCUCCAUUACGUCCAUACUACAAUAUGCACAAAUCCAACCGCCCUCAAAAGUGGUACUCUCCCAUCAAGGGCAAACUGGAUGCUCUGUGUGUAUUCUUAAGAAAAGGCUACGACAGAGUGUCCGUGAUGCGACCUCAUCCUGGAGACAAGGGCAAGUGCAUAAACUUCACCCGCAGCUCAUCCUACCCCGCUCCUCGCUAUCCCAUCUACAACCAUCCGUCCACGCCUGUCUACACUUUGCCCCACAGCUACCACCGUCGUCCAUCAGAGGACAGCCACCUCUUUAACCUGCCCCCCUCUCCAACUUCAACUCUCCCCCCUCUGCCGACCACUCCUCCCCCAUCCACCAGCACUCUUCCCAUGUACACCCCACCUCCAAACAGAGCCCUGCCACCGACCAACAUGGACGCUGUCUCUGCACCUCCUUCUCCGACUGGCUCUCUACCGCCUCCGCCUCAGGGUCCACCUCCCUCUAGAGCGCCUCCUCCGUCACGCCCUCCUCCGCGCCCCAGUCAUGAAAACCUCUAAUGAUGAUAGGGAUUGAGGAGUAGGAUCCAAACUCAGGAUUGAACCCUGAAAAGACUCUUUCACUGAGCCUCUGUUUAAUUACAGAGUAAGUGAUUAAGUGACUGUAUAAAGUUCUCUCUUCAGGUUGCAGCCGGUGAUUCAACACCUGAACAGUGAAAAACUUCCAGCAAUUAAGUCUGUUUCCCUUAAUAAGUGGCUAGCGCAUGACGUGCCAUGAACUCUGACUUUUUCUUUAAGUCUAGAAGGUGAAUAUUUAGUGUAGCAAGCACAGCUUUGGCUAUUAAAUGCUAUGGGAACAAACCAAUUUAUUCACAAAAAUAAUAAUCAUUUUAAGAGUUUAAUCAGCAGGAAAUCCAAUGGCUCAGCAACUGCGUCAUGUGUUUUAUACAUGCAAGUUUAUUUGUCAAAUGUUGUCUCAGAAAAUGUAUAUUUUGUGAGUGAAUAUUCAUUAAAUCCCAAAUAUAUAUAUGUAUAUACAGUAUAUGUGUGCGUAUAUCCAUCAUAUUGCAUUAGAUGUCUGAUUUUCAUAAACAAUGACGGUUUUGGUGUUGGGAAUUUUUAAAGUUAAUAAGAAGGGGGAUUGAGAUUCACGCAUUAAUUCUGACGUAUUGAUCAACAUGGAAAUAAAAGUUAGGAAACAGAAAAGCACAACUUUAAUCUGUAAAACAGUCAACAAGACACUCUUAAAACGCAUAAGUUACAUCUUUGGCAGUGAGUGAUGCUGACUGUCAGAAACAGUUUGAGGUUUAUAGGACUGAUAAACAUGAUUUCUGGAAAAUCCUUAUUGAGCAGCCAGAAUGUCAGAUUUGUUAAAGUGCUGUGAUCAAAUUUCUUCAUAUAAUUAAAUAGUAUUUCUCUUUUUUUUUUUUAUCCCUCUGUGUCAGAGGCUUUAGCGGAGCUAUGAUGGAUGUACUGAAUGUGGCACACACUCAUGUGUGUCCAGAUUGAUGUAUUAUAGCGAUGACAAUUUAAGACUUUA